AUGGCUUUGAGGCUGCUAUCAAGUCCACCUUCUUCCUCUCAAUCACGACUCAGCAGCUUCGUUUCCAACUCAAGAACAGCCUCGAAAUCGAGCUCUCUGAUUCAAUUGGCGCCAAAAUCAUUCGCGUUUUCGCCUCAGAGAAAAAGAACUUUGACGGUGAGGUCGUGUGUGAAAUUGGAGGAGAAGAAUGUUCCGGAAACGGGUAGUGAGUGGGGGAAAGUGUCGGCGGUGUUAUUCGAUAUGGAUGGAGUGCUCUGCAACAGUGAAGAGCCGUCAAGAAUGGCCGCUGUGGAUGUCUUCGCUGAAAUGGGGGUCGAGGUCACCGUGGAGGACUUCGUGCCAUUCAUGGGCACAGGGGUUAAAGGAUUUAAUCCUGAGGCGGCAAAGAAGAGGUUUUUUGAGAUAUAUCUAGAUAAGUAUGCAAAACCAAAUUCUGGAAUAGGAUUCCCUGGAGCCCUAGAACUCAUUACCCAGUGUAAAAGUAAAGGCCUGAAAGUUGCCGUUGCAUCUAGUGCUGACCGCAUCAAGGUCAAUGCAAACUUAUCGGCCGCUGGUUUACCAUUGUCAAU